CCUUGCUCGCACGCCCGAUGCCCUGCUCCCUGUGGAGGCGCUCCGUGCAGUCCUCCCUCGCCCUCUGCCGCUUCGACUCCAUCCCCAUCUCCCCUGGCCUUCCUCUCCUCCAUCGCCGGCACUGGGCCCUGCCGUGCGAGUCCCUCCUCUCCGACAGCGAGUCCUCGUCCGCCCCCGAAGACUGCUGCUCCCACCACUACCACUACCCGAGAACCACCGAGAGGAUCAGCUACCGACCGUGCAGGCUCGCCGCCUCCCGACGAAGGUACUCCUUGUCAAGACAAUGGUCCUGCAAGGCCGAUAUGAUCAAGAGGAUGCGGGCCAACCUCUCGCACCGGGGCUGGAUUCUGGGCUCCCCGAAUUCGCUCGAAGUCGAGCUGUGCGAGCGCAAUGUGGUCGCCUUGCUGAACGAUCUGUUCGAGGGCAGCUCCGACGCGGCGCUGGCUUUCUACUUCUUUAGGCUGUCGCAAUGGUACAACGGUUCGAAGCACGGCGUCCGUGCGGUUUCAACUAUGGUGCACAUAGCGGUCACCGGGAAUAUGAACCACAUCGCAGUGAAGCUUCUCCGAAGUAUUGCUAGGAAUGUUGACGAGCACAGCGACGGAGUACAGCAUCAGCUGGUGUUUGAUGUACUGAGAGAAACUUGCAGUAGUAGGAGAGUUUUGGAAACUGUAUAUAGCAUGCUCGUUAUGUGUUACGUAGAUAAAGGAAUGGUCAAGAUGGCUAUUAGGUUGGUGGAUGAUAUGAGGAACCUUGGCAUGUACCCGACCAUCCGUGUCUACAAUUCUCUGAUCAAGCUUCUGCUGGAAUCCAAGCAGUACGAAGUUGCAUGGCAAUUAUUUGUGGAAAUGCCUAGUAGCUCGUUUGGCUCUAACCAGUGGAUCGUAAGGAUCGUAAGCUUAUUUAUCCGGGAGCUCGGUGCUCAUGGUGACUUCGACUGUGCUUGUAAAUUGCUCUUUGAGAUUCAGAAAUACGGUGGCCAAGCCGAUGUUGUUGUGUAUACAACGAUGAUAAAUGCCUUGUGCAAAUGGGGGCUCCUCAAAGAGGCAACUGCUCUAUUAUAUAAAAUGUUGCAAUUGGGCAUCUCUCAUGAUGAUGUUUUGGUUUCUUCAGUUGUCAAUGGCUACUGCAAAGCUGGUAGGUUGGUGGAUGCCGCACAUCUUUUGAACUCUCUAAGCGGCAUUCCUGAUGUUUUCGUGUAUAACAGCUUCAUAUUGAUGUUAUGUAAAAAUGGCAAUAUGGUAGAAGCUUACGAGCUGUUCAAAGAGAUGUUUGAGGUGGGGUUGGAUCCGGACUCCUUCAAUUACACAGCUAUUAUUGAUGGUUACUGUAGAGCAUGUGAGCUAGAUCAGGCUUUGAAGACAUUUGCUCUAAUGCUGAAAAGAGGGGUUGAACCAACUGUUAUGACAUAUACAGUGUUGAUAGAAAGUUACUGUGACAGAAAUGAUCUUUGUGGUGCAGAGUACAUGCUUUCUGCGAUGAAAAUGGCGGGUGUGCAACCAGAUGUUGUCACUUAUAAUACAUUGAUCAAUGGUUAUAGCAAGAAGGGUCACAUGCAUAGGGCAUAUGAGUUGAAGGAUGUCAUGGAAAAGGAUGGUGUAUCCACAGAUGUGGUGACAUAUAAUGUUCUCAUGCAUGGACUCAUCAAGAGAGGCUAUGUCAAGGAAUCAAGAGAAGUCUUUAAUGAACUUGUUAGAAGGGGGUUUUCUCCUGACAGAAUCACAUUUACCAAUGUAAUCGACAGUUAUUCUCAAGAUGGAAAUUUGGAAGAAGCAUUUCUCAUAUGGUGUAGCAUGAGCAAUAAUGAAAUAACACCUGAUGUUGUCACUUGUAGUGCUCUCCUUAAUUGUUUCUGCAAAAGGCAGCGCAUGCAAGAUGCAAGUGUUUUAUUUCACAAGAUGUUGGAUGCUGGAUUGGAGCCUGACCUAAUAUUGUACAACACUCUCAUAUGUGGAUUCUGUAAAGAAGGGAAUAUUAGUGAAGCUUGCCGUUUUAUGUUCAUGAUGAAUGAAAAUGAUAUUUUUCCUAAUAAUCUUACAUAUGAGGCCCUGGUUUGCUGCUUUGAGAAAAUUGGAGUGAAAAAUGCAGCUGAAAAUGCUGCCAUGAAGAUGCAGGAAAUUUUCUUUGAAAAAUGUAAUGAUUGAUUCUUGAUGAAUUUUAGAUGUGCUUUGAUGCCAUUAUAUUGAUUGGUGGAGCUUUAAAACAAUUGUUUCACCUGCCAUCUUCAAACUACCAUGAGGGUGAAGUUCCUUAGAGAAGCUUUGGUGGACAAGUCUCUCUAUUCAAGCCAGUAAGGUUGUCAGCCAAACAAAAAGACUAAAGCUGCAUGGAGUAUACUUCCAUAGUGUGGUAGAUUCCUCCCUGAGCAAAGAUCGAAGACAUCUUGAUUUGCUACCUCAGUCACGAUUUCCUUCGAUUCUUCGUUGAUCCACUUUCAAUUCAAAUGGAGGAGCUUUUACAUUUCACAAUCACACAUAUAUUCUCGGAAACAUGAAGGUGAGAUUUUACAUUUAGGUUGUGUUCAUAAGCUUCACAACCUUUGGUUGUUCUACUUCAUCAGGUACUUCAUUGGAUAGUGAAGACAUUUCACAAUCACAAGAGACUUGCUAAGAACCAAGUAGUUGUAUGUGAUGAAUUGUCAAGGCUGUCCAUGGCCGAGCUUCCACCAAGACAUUGAGAAGAUAUGUGAGGAGGAUACUGAGUUCAGGGUUCUGCAGAGUGAUACCUGUGACAGAAUACUCUUCUACAGUGCAUUGUGCUUGAGACUUCUUGGUAGCUUUUAAUGUAGUCAACAGCAGUUCCCUCAACCUGAGAUGGAAGAGCUUGGUUACGAUGGAUACUGCAACAGUAUGGAUUAUUAUGGACAUUACCUGCUCAAGGAUGAUCAGAGAAGGGCAGUUUCGACGGUGAGGGAGCUGUUGAGAAGAAUUGAGGUGGUGAAGUCACACAAAGGAGGAAAAUAAGGCACAGAAGUGCAACUCUGCAACCUACAUUGUGAACAUGGGUGAUUUGUGAUGUUACAAGCACCAGCAUGCUUAGCACAGAUAUUUAUUGAGCUUGAACAGUAGCUUCAUUUCUUGAACAAAAAGUCAACCAAUUCCAGCAUGGAAGAAAUGAAUCAUGCCAUAUGCCUUCCCUUUUUGUACCACAAGGAGAAAUGAUGACUGCUGAUGGAGUUCCAAAGGUCAAGGAAGCUUGUGAUGACAUGGCAGAGUGAAAGAUCAAGUUUAGCUUAUUGAACUAGUUAGUGCUUCAAACAGAAUCCACAUUUUAUUAUCAGUAUUUGGACAUUGGAGAAUAAAUUUUUACAGAACCCAAAUCUGAUGAAUUGAGAACUAGAAUUACGUAUUCAAAAGCUGAGUUAACAAAUAAGGUGAUGCAAUUAGUGCAGCUCCCAAAUUGAAAAUUGGAGAUCAAGAUGUGGUUUCAUGUUUCGUCAUAAGGGAGCAGAAGAUGCAAGAGUCACCUACCAGAAAAGAAGAGGACAACAUUGGCAUUCAGGUGGAGGGAUUGAUCAAAAGACAAUAUAUAUUUGAGAGACAUGAUUAUAUGAUAAACAAAAACAAUAUUGGCAUUCAAGUGGAGGGAUUGAUCAAAAGACAAUAUAUAUUUGAGAGACAUGAUUAUAUGAUAAACAAAAACAAUAGUGACUAAAAGCAUGAAAAGAUCUUAUCAUCUGCAGAAGAUGCAAGAGUCACCUGCCAGAAAAGAAGAGGACAACAUUGGCAUUCAGGUGGAGGGAUUGAUCAAAAGACAAUAUAUAUUUGAGAGACAUGAUUAUAUGAUAAACAAAAACAAUAUUGGCAUUCAAGUGGAGGGAUUGAUCAAAAGACAAUAUAUAUUUGAGAGACAUGAUUAUAUGAUAAACAAAAACAAUAGUGACUAAAAGCAUGAAAAGAUCUUAUCAUCUGCAGAAGAUGCAAGAGUCACCUGCCAGAAAAGAAGAGGACAACAUUGGCAUUCAGGUGGAGGGAUUGAUCAAAAGACAAUAUAUAUUUGAGAGACAUGAUUAUAUGAUAAACAAAAACAAUAGUGACUAAAAGCAUGAAAAGAUCUUAUGACAGUUAAUGUACCUCAUGCAUGGAUCACUUCCAUGUACAUUGUUGAGAAUGUAGCUUUCCAUCCGACAGAAGAUCUGAAAUAGUCUUUGCACCAUGUCGAGGAAUUAGAACAUCAGGAUUACACCAAACAGCACAUGGGUCCCCAUGGCUUCCACCUAAACACCAACCUCCAGGAACUAUCCUACCAGGACCCAGGCUCAAGUUUCCUUGUCAAUGUGGUCAAGAACAGGAUCAUUCUUAGAGAACCUAGUACCAAAUGCUGCACCACUUAAAGUAAUGUUUUUAAGGUUAUCAGUAGAUGGGUUCCUUCUUUGGAGGUGCACCCCAUAUCAUACAGUGUAGGUGAUGAUUGACAAUAGUCCUAUUGAAUGCUGGCGAGUUACCAAGGACAGUUUGGAAAUAGUUUGUGUAUGAUGACAGUGUAUUUGCAUAGUCCAUCAUAAAAGUUAUUGGCAAAUUGUUGGUACCCAAUAUGCAGUACUCUGUAAAUUUCCAACUGAGGAUGACAGAAGCAGAACCUGCACCAGAAUGCAUAAUCCAUCUGGGUUUAUAUUAUUCCCUCUUGUUUUUUAUUCUUUUGACCUGGUGGUAUCAUCUAUUGGAAUACUGUCAAUCAGGGGUACACGUGAUCCUGGACUUAUUGACCCUAUUGAGGAUCCAAUGGCUAUCCUUAAAAAAGGCUAUUCUGUCUUGAUUAUUUUGGCUGUUUUGACAUUUGGUGUGUCUACUUCAUGGCUCCUUUACACCGAACAGACACCUUCUGCAUAGUUAAACUUUGCCUCGUGGAUUGGUAGGAACAGUUACUGCAUAUGCUUUUGUUUGGAUCACAAAAUAUUACACUGAUUCCAAGCAUGAGGCUGUUCGUGUGUUAGCACAUUCUAGUGCUAUGGGUCAUGGAACUAAUAUAAUUGCCAGUGUUAGCUUGGACUAGAAUCAACAGCCCUUCCUGUUCUGGUGAUAAGCAAAGCUAUUAUCACAGCAUUUUGGCUGGGACAUACAUCAGGUUUAGUAGAUGAAACUGGAAAUCCAACUGGUGGUUUAUUUGGCAUAGCUGUAGGAACAAUGGGAAUGCUUAGCACUGAUGCAUAUGUUCUCACCAUGGAUAUGUUUGGUCCUGUAGCUGAUAAUGCUGGUGGUGGAAUUAUGGAGAUGAGUCAGCAGUAACUUUUUUGCUUGCAGCCUGAAAGUGUUUGGGAGAUCACAGAUGUUUUAGAUGCUGUACGUAACACUACCAAAGCUAUUACUAAAGGAUUUGCUAUUGGUUCUGCCGCACUUGCCACCUUCCUUCUUUCCAGUGCAAUCAUAUCCCUUUUAAACAGGACUUUUCUUCAGGUUAUUGGGCCACUAUACUGGUCAGCAGCUUCUUGGAGCCAAAGUUGUGGCUUUGAUGCUUAUGUUUGCAACAGUUGUUGGUAUUCUUUUGGCUCUGUUUCUAAAUACUGCUGGCAGUGCUUGGGAUAAUUCAAAGAAAUAUAUAGAGACUGGUGCACUUGGGAGGCAAAGCUAAAGUUCACGUAGCUUAAGUUCUUUUUCUUGCCUUUCUUUUGCAGUUUUUAUUUUGUAUUUGUUGCAGGCAACAUGUAUAUAACUGAGUUUUCAAUUUGUAACUGAAAACGGUAUAUCUUUUUCCAAGGUUAUAAUUGUUGUAGAUGUUUUAGGAGACA